AAACCCACAAAUGAAAUUAAAAAGAGAAGGAAAUAAGAAGAAGAGUUGGCUCAAUUCCCAUUAACAGGGUCAGUGUCUUCCACCUCAGUUGGAUCCAAAAAGAAACCCAUUAUAAUAUUUCACUUUUUAUUUUCAUUUUUCAGUCACUGAAUGAUAUAUGAAGCGACUGUUACUUCAAUCCCCUGCUUUGGAUUCAACAUCUUGGGUUGAAUGUAAAUAUUUCCAAACAAAUUUAUAGAGAUUCUGGCUUUUUGGGUCAGUUUCUUUUGGUUCAUAGCUACCUCAAAUCCAUUUCAAAACGGAUGCUUCGUUUUUUUUUUUUUUCUGGGUUGUUUUCACCAAACACAGCUUUGGGUUUUUUCAUCACAUUGCUUUCUUUUCACUGUUCUUCGGGGGUCUAUAUUGUUCUUGCUUCAAGUUAUAAAUUCCUAAUUUCAACUCAUUUUAUUUAAUUCGUUUUCAUCUGUUUCUUCUUCAUUUAUCGAUGUUGAAUAAAUAACUUUGUCGUCAUUUGAGGAAGUGGGAUUUUGGGUUUUUGAGUUUAUAUGGGAUGGAGGAGGUUCUGAUUCUUCAAAUGGUGAUUCUUUGUCUCAUUAUUGCUGCUAAUGCUUCCAACCUUGGGGAAAUUGCUGGAUUAAGAAACUCUCCACCCCCUUCAACUUUUUCUGCAUUUCCUCCGGUUUUAGGAACACCUGGUUCAGUCCAACAAGAAAAAUCGUUGAGAAUCAAUGGACCAAGCUCAGCACCACAGCAAAAUGAGUCAACUUUGCAACCACCUGUUAUGUUACCAACAAUUGUUCCAGGUCCAUUGCCUGAUACGAUCGAAGGGUUUAUACCAUCCGCUUCACCCCAUGCUCCGCCUGAGGCACCACCAUUUAAUAGUAUGCCUCAGCCAUCUUUACCAGUUCAACCAAAUGCUCCAUUGAUUUCACCAAGUGCACCAGAACCAGAAGGUAAAGCACCAGCGAAUGAGACUCCUCUGUCGAUUGUUUCUCCAGGUCCAGCUGUGUCAUCUUCAAAUUCUCCACAUUAUCCUCCUACAAGUUCCCCACAUGAGCAAACAAAUACUUCAUCAAGUUCUCAUCAAAGCACUUCACCAAAUGUAGCUCCAAUCCCUGAGCCAAUUUCUCCAGCGAGCAAGUUGCCUAAGAACUCACCGGCUAGUCAUCCGGUAGGUCUUGAAAGACCACCAUCCAUAUUACCAGAACCCAUUAUCUCUCCAGCGAUAGCUAUUUCCCCAAAAGCUAGCGACAGAAAGAGAUUAGAAACACCAGCAGCUACACCUUAUAAUGCACUGCCCAAGUAUAUGCCACCUGUGAAUCAUUCCCCAGGAGAAGCUCCUUCCAGUCACAAUGACAUGGGACAUUCUCAUGAUGCUCAACAGCCGAUCUCUCCACCGCAGAAAACUCUGUUUCAUAGAGUAAAUCUUUCUCCAACAUCUCCUCCUUCGCCCUCAAAUUAUAAGAAUCGCAGAAGGGAGAAUCAUAUCAUCAGUCACGCACCUGGACCAUCAUAUCCAAUUUCCUCCCCCAUGACAAAAACGCCGGGUCCAGUUAUUUCUACAGCACAACAUUCGCCGGGCAGACAACACCAUGCUCCACCUUCGGAAUCAGAACCUCCUUCACAUUAUGCUCCACUGCCGCCUGUGACUCAUGUUUCACCUUCUCCUUCACCACACCAAAAAAUAUCUGGGCAUACUAGAAGACAUUUUUAUCCUCCUAAAGCUUCACCGUCGAAACCUUGGGCAAAAAGCCCAAAGAUGCCACCAAUUCAUACAUUGCCACCUCCACCUCCCGAUGAAGAUUGUUUAGCUACCCAGUGCACCGAGCCGUAUACAAAUACUCCCCCAGGAUCUCCCUGCGGUUGUGUAUGGCCCAUGCAAAUUGGACUUCGCCUCAGUGUUUCGCUAUAUACCUUCUUCCCUCUAGUUUCAGUGCUGGCAACAGAAAUUGCUGCUGGGGUGUUUGUAAAGCAAAGCCAAGUUCGCAUCAUUGGAGCCAAUGCAGCUAACCAGCAACCAGAUAAGACUGUUGUCCUUAUUGACUUAGUCCCACUUGGUGAGAAGUUUGACAAUACUACAGCCUUUUUGACUUACCAAAGGUUUUGGCAUAAGAAGGUUUCGAUCAGAGCUUCCUAUUUUGGGAACUAUGAAGUAUUGUAUGUUCGAUAUCCAGGUUUACCUCAAUCACCUCCUUCUGGAGAUUCAGGACUAGAUAAUGAGCCUUAUUUCGGUAAUAGUAAUGACGCGAGGGCAGUAAAACCAAUUGGCGUCGAUGUGCAGAACAGACAGCACAAAGAUAGGCUAAGUGGUGGUAUGAUUGCCAUCGUUGCCCUAUCAACUACUAUUGCAGUGGUUUUAUGUGUUGCAACUGCUUGGAUUUUGCUCUUCAAACGCAAUGAUGGCCCUUGUCAGCCAAAACCGACUCCAAAUGUUUUGUUAACCUCCCUCAAUAAACCAUCAGGUGCUGGUGGAUCAGUUAUGGCUACCAUGCCGAGUUCUGCCUCUUUAUCAUUUGGAUCUAGCAUUGCCCCAUAUUCAGGGUCAGCCAAGACAUUCAGUGCCUCCGACAUUGAGAAAGCCACCAAUAAUUUUGAUCCUUCAAGAAUAUUGGGAGAGGGUGGCUUUGGACGUGUUUACAGAGGCGUUCUCGAAGAUGGUACUGAAGUAGCAGUCAAAGUUCUCAAGAGAGAUGAUCAUCAGGGUGGUCGAGAAUUCUUGGCUGAAGUUGAAAUGCUUAGUCGUCUCCACCAUAGAAAUUUGGUCAAGUUGAUUGGAAUAUGUAUCGAGGAACGUAGCCGCUCCCUGGUGUAUGAACUUAUUCCAAAUGGCAGUGUGGAAUCUCACUUGCAUGGUUUUGAUAAGGAAACUGCUCCACUCGAUUGGGAAGCCCGGAUCAAGAUAGCACUCGGCGCUGCUCGAGGUCUAUCCUAUCUACAUGAGGAUUCAAGUCCUAGAGUCAUACAUCGAGACUUCAAAUCCAGCAAUAUCUUGUUAGAACAUGAUUUUACACCAAAAGUUUCUGACUUUGGGUUGGCUAGAACUGCAAUGGAUGAGGAAAGCAGACACAUAUCCACACGUGUCAUGGGAACUUUCGGGUAUGUGGCUCCAGAGUAUGCAAUGACUGGUCAUCUACUUGUGAAGAGUGAUGUUUAUAGCUACGGGGUCGUUCUUCUUGAGUUAUUAACUGGUAGGAAACCAGUUGAUAUGUCGCAACCACCGGGUGAAGAAAAUCUUGUUGCGUGGGCUCGUCCUCUCCUCACAAGCAAAGAAGGCAUAGAUGUUAUAAUUGACAAAUCAAUAGAUUCUAAUGUUCCUUUUGAAAAUAUUGCCAAAGUGGCAGCCAUUGCUUCAAUGUGUGUGCAACCAGAGGUAUCACAUCGACCCUUCAUGGGUGAGGUUGUUCAAGCAUUGAAACUAGUUUGCAACCAAUGCAACAAGGCUCGAGAAACAAGCUCACAGGCUAGUUCGAGCCCGCAGAAUUCAACUAUCAAUACGAAUGAUGAUGAGGCAUCGAGUUCAAGAUAUAUGCUAGACUCUUUUCAUAGCGAAUAUUUAGUACCUAACUCAAUUUCGAGUCUUUAUGGCAUUGAUACACGUCUCUCAAUUUCAGACUUGUUAAAUACUUCAAUGGGUAUCGGAAUGCAAGAAUCUAGACAGCUUGAAAGAUGCUUUAGUUCCGGUCCUCCUAGAAUUGGAAAAGGCAAGAGGCACUUCUGGGAAAGAAUGAGAAGAUACUCAGGAAGUAGCAUAAGUGAACAUGGAAUGCCCACUAGAAUAUGGUCAGGUUCUACCUAACAAAUUAGCAUGCCUUUCCACAUUCUUAAAUUUCUGUCUGACUCCUUUCGAUCCAAACCUCCCUAAGAUGAACAACGCAUGCUAAUUUCGAAUUUUUAACUAACUGACUCCUAAAAUAGCUUCGAAGUGUCAUAUGCAACUUCUUGGAAUUGUGGAGCAAAAGUUCAAUAGCAUGAUUGAUGAAUCGAGGCAUACAAGCCCAAUUGUUUUCCUCUUA